AGAAAAUGGCACAAAUCCCCGGAAUUGUCGAGAGAAGAAUUUCAGCUUCUGAUAGACGAGGCAGUGGUGCUGGAAGUAGGAGAGGGAGUGCUGCUCUAGGCGAGAAAAUCCAGCUGGCCAGGGAGGCGAGAACCAGGCUUAAAUCCUUAUCUGUUUCCUCUUUUAAGGGCAGUUUUGAUAUCAACAAUUUCCUAGAAGAUAAGGAUCUUGAUAUAGUUGGGAGAACAUAUAAGGAUAUAUUUCCUGUGAACUCUGGAACAGAAGCUGAGGAGUACACCAGCAAGUUUAUCUAUGCUGUGGUUGAAAUACUGCUGGAUUUCAUCAAUAAAACCAAUGACAGAGAUGCGGUAGUACUGGACUUUCAUCAUCCUUCACAGAUAACAAAGGCAAUGGACUUUACGCUGCCUGAUCUUCCUUUACCAUUGGAGCAAAUAGUAGCAGAUUGUAGAGCAGCUUUAAGAUACCAAGUGAAGACCGGACAUCCACAUUUCUUCAACCAGCUCUCACAAGGAUUAGAUAUUGUGUCUAUGGCUGGCGAGUGGUUAGCUGCAACUGCAAACGCAAACAUGUUCACUUAUGAGAUCGCACCCGUCUUCAUCAUGAUGGAACACGAGGUCUUGCUCAAGAUGCGGGACAUAAUCGGUUGGAAGGAGGGUGACAGUAUUCUGGCCCCUGGUGGUAGCAUAUCCAACAUGUAUGCGCUUAUCAUAGCUAGGCAUAAAAGAUUCCCGGAGCAUAAAGAAGGAGGAAUGCAAGCUAUACCCUCAACACCUGUCUGCUAUACUAGCAAACAUAGCCACUACUCUCUGAAAGGAGCUGCUGCAACUAUUGGAAUAGGAACAGGAAAUUGCAGGGAUGUGGAUGUAGAUGCAAAUGGAAGGUUAAAUGUUGAGCAUCUGGAACAAUUGAUUCUAGAAGAUAUUAAAAAUGGGAAGACACCAUUCUUUGUAAAUUGUACAAGCGGAUCUACAGUUAUCGGAUCCUUCGAUCCUAUAAACAAAAUUGCAGAUAUUUGUGAAAAGUACAACCUUUGGCUUCAUAUAGAUGGAGCUUAUGGUGGAGGUUUACUGAUGAGUAGACAGCAUAGAGUUGGUAGAUUUGAUGGAGUAGAGAGAGCUAACUCUUUAACAUGGAAUCCACAUAAGCUCCUCGGUGUUCCUCUACAGUGCUCUACUCUUCAUUUAAAAGAGAAGGGUAUACUUAACGACUGUAACACAAUGAAAGCGAUGUAUCUGUUCCAGCAAGAUAAACAUUAUGAUGUUAGCUACGAUACAGGGGAUAAGGUUAUCCAGUGUGGGCGGCACAAUGAUAUAUUCAAGUUUUGGCUCAGCUGGAGGAGUAAAGGAUCUCAAGGGUUUGAGUUUCAAAUGGACAGGAUUAUGGAGCUUACACAAUAUCAGAUGCGUCGAAUGCGCGAGAUGCCAGAGAAGUUUAUGUUCAUUCACCAGGAACCAGAGAUGGUCAACGUCUGCUUCUGGUAUAUUCCAGAACGCCUGAGAGAACAGGAACAUUCACAGGAGAGGGAACGGGAACUAGGACAGAUAACUGCUAAACUGAAAUCUAGAAUGAUGUACAGUGGUAACCUAAUGGUAGGAUACCAACCUCUAGACGAUAAACCUAACUUUUUCAGGUCGAUUAUUUCCAACCAGGCCUGUCAGGAGGAGGAUAUAGAUUUUAUGCUUGAAGAGAUCGAUCGCCUAGGAAUUGAUCUGUAAACAGAUAAAGAUGACCGCCUAGGAAUUGAUCUGUAAACAAGGAAAACAAGAUGACUGCCUAUUGGAAUUGAUCUGUAAACAACGAAACAAGAUGGCCGUCUAGGAAUGAUCUGCUAACAGAAAAAACCAAGAUAGCUCUCUAGGAAUUGAUCUGUAAACAGAUAGAACAAGACGGUCCCCUAGAAAUGGAUCUAUAAACAGAAAAACCAAGAUGGCCGUCUAGGAAUUGAUCUGUAAGUAGAAAAAAAAAACAAGAUCACCGUCUAUAAUCCUAUACCUAAGCAACCUGAUAAUCUAAACCUUUAAUAUUUUACAAUAAUUUGAUCUGUCAGAAAGCCUAGUUUGGGAUAUUAAAGGUUACGCCAUCAGAUUGUAAAGGUUUGUGAAAUGUGUUCAGUUCCUUAAUCUAAUAACUUUAAUAGUGUUGAACUUGUGCUAGUAUUUAUCUUAGUUUAAUCUCAUUGUAGUCUUGAAGUUUAAAACUUGUAGUAAUGGUAGUGAUAUAUUUUAGUUUUCUAAAUAAAAGGUGAAGGUA